AUGCCUGAUCAGGACAAAAAGUUGAAGAGCACAGCAAAAGCAAUAAAACAAAAGCCUUCUGGGAUCUCUAUGAGGUUUUUUCCUAUGGAUUAUUCUGAUCUAAAAAGGCUUCAGUCUCUCUGAAGUGUUCAGUCAAGGAACCAACAGCUUCCAGCUAGAUAUAUUGAAAGUGGUCAAACUAGUGUGACAAGAACUUGGCAAAAUGUCAAAAGCGAUGAACAGCAGUCCAAUGGUCAAUGCCAAGAAUCAACAGAAGUUGUUGAGCUUGAGAAAUUUAGUGUGACCUACAAGAAUGAGAGAAAUUUUAGCAAGAUCAUUUACAGGCAAUGGGUUAUUCAAGCUCUGUGCAUGCACUUUCUUGGAUUAUUAAUCUGCCUGAGAUUAUUAAUAAGAGAUCCAUGCUACCAGGAAAUGCUCCACAGCCUGGGAGGAAUUGAAAAUCUAAGUCAGUAUAUGGAAACAGUAGCAAAUUGUUAUCUUAAUUACAGGGAAGAGCAGCACAAUGUAGACAAGUUGGUCAACAUGACAUAUAUUUUCCAAAAGCUUGCUGCUGUUAGAAAUCAAAGAGAAUGAGUUAUAGCAAGUGGAGCACAUAAAACCUUAGUAAAUUUAUUAUCUGCCAGAGACAGUUAUGUGUUUUUUGGUGCCCUCCUUGCUCUGACUAGCUUAGUAGAAUGUCCAGAAUGUAGAGAGGAGAUAAGUGAGAUUGUUGAGAACUUGCUGGUGAUAUUACAUGAAUAUGAUUGUCUCUCUAACAGGUGAGACUUUUUGUUGAUGGAGUUAUUGUUGAAAUUUCUUGCUGAUUUUUCACGAGUCAAAGAGCAAAUAAAAAUGUAUGAAGGAAUUCCAGUCUUUCUCAGUUUGCUUCUUUCUGAUCACAUCAAACUUCUAUGGAGUAUAGUUUGGAUUCUGGUACAGAUUUGUGAAGAUCCUGAGACUAGUGUGGAAAUUAGGAUCUGGGGUAGAAUCAAGCAGUUCCUUCAUAUUUUACAGGAGUAGGUUUUCAGCCCUCAACAUUGUGGCAAUUCCAUUUUUAACACUGCAACUGCAGCAGGGAGAAUCCAGUAUCUUCAUUUGUCAGAUGAACUGAGUCCUGAUGAGAUACAAGAAAAUACUUUCUCACUUCAAGCAGCUAGUUGUGCUGCAAUUACUGAACUAGUGCUCAAUGAGGCUAAUGCUUACCAGGUUGUUCAGGCAAAUGCAAUAUAUACAAUAGCAAAGCUAAUUUUAUCAAACAAAGAAAGGAAUGCUGAAAAAGCCAGUUUAUUACAGAGAAAAUUUAAGUGUAGAAUAAAUAUAGGCCAAAUAAGCAUCGAAUGCCUCUUGGUUUUGCAUGUCAUUACCCCCAUAAAUGUACUGGUUAGAGAUGUAUUGAAGCAAAUCGCUGAAAGUACUGAGAACAUGAAUCAGAAUAAGGCACCCAGAAAUCAUAUAGGUUAUACAAUUUUAGAGCACCUUGGCAGUGGAGCUUUUGGAAGUGUAUAUAAGGUUAGAAAGCAUUAUGGACAACAUCUCCUGGCAAUGAAAGAAGUCAAUUUACACAAUCCAGCAUUUGGAAAGGACAAAAAUGACAGAGAUAGCAGUGUAAUUAUUGUCUCUGAAUUAGCCAUCAUCAAAGGGCAGCUUUAUCAUCCAAAUGUUGUAUGGUAUUACAGAACCUUCUUGGAAAAUGACAGGUUGUAUAUAGUGAUGGAUCUCAUGGAGGGGGUGCCAUUGGGAGACCAGUUUCACUAUUUCAAGGAAAAGCAACAACAGUUUACAGAAGGAAUAUGGCAUAUAUUUAUCUGACUUUGUCUAGCUCUUCGUUAUUUGCAUAAAGAGAAAAGGAUUGUUCAUUGAGAUCUCACUGUGAACAAUAUCAUGUUGGAGGAUAAAGACAAAGCUACAAUUACUGACUUUGGUCUUGCAAAGUGAAGUCAAGAAAUCUGCAAACUUGUAUAAGUAGUGGGUGAAUUAGAAGUGAGCUGUCCUGAAGUUGUAAAGGGUGAGCUGUGUGGAGACAAGGCUGAUGUCUGGGCUGCAGGAUGCAUCCUUGAACAGAUGGCCAUUCUGGGCCCACCAGUUUACAGCACCAAUGUGCCCUCCUUGGCAACUGAGAUAGUAGGGGCUGUGUAUGAACCUGUGCCAGAAGGACUGUACUCUGAAAAAGUCUCAUUUACCAUUAAGAGAGAAUGUUCUUCCUGUGGCUGCUUGACUCCUGAUGCAGAGGCACGUCCAGACAUGGUAGAAGUCAGCUCACUGUUGACUGAUGUGAUGAUGAAACAUCUGGAAUUUUUAUCCACCUCUCAUCUCAUGCUGGGGAAGAAACUGCAUUGGGAGAGGAGACAAACCCAGUGGUACUUCAUGGAGGCCAAUUGAAAUGCAGUAACUUAUCACCAUCAACUUCUCAUUUUAUCACAAGUAUUUUCUCUGAAUGACAAUGAGAUAGACAUAGUGGACAAUUCAAGCAGCUCCAGUUCAAGUAAUUUGGAAGAGUCUGCUUUUUUGAACAUUAUUACAUUAUUCUCCCAUUGCAUAUUGAAUGUUUCCUCUUUUAUUUCUUCCUCUUUAUUGCCUAUUGAUUUGCUUUUAAGAGUACCUUCACUCACCCAAAGGCCCCACACUAAGAAAAUCAAGUGUUUCUUCGUGAUGAGAUGGCAGUUUCAUAGUCUACCAGUUGUAGCUCUUUACAAUGUGAAUCAUCAUGCAUUGGCAAGAAUUGCUGUAUCACAAGGAAAGGUGCAUCGGAUCAGUGACCCUGUUCAGCAGAUUCUUGUUCAGCUGCACAAAAUUAUCUUCAGCACUAAACUUCCUCCUGCUUUGCAAUGCAACUUGGAAAGGAGAAUCGUUGAGAGAUUCAAGAAGUCCCUUUGCAGUCAGAAGAGCAACCCUUGUAAACUGGAAUCAGAAAUCAAAAAGGUCUCAAAAAAUGCUGCUGAAUUGAUUGAACCCAAUAUCUUCACAACAGAUUGGCAUGGGGUUCAUCUUUCUUCAGGUGGAAAUAUGCUGCUGCCAGAUGAUAGAAAAGGCAUUCUUGACACUUCUGGCAUGGCAGAAGGGAUGACAUAUGAGCAGUUGCAGACUCUAAUUGAAGAGGUUCUAGAGGAAAGUGGUUAUUACAGUUUCGCUUCUUACGGGUCAGUCUAG